UUUUUGGCAUUGUAUCUGAUCAAUAGAAAGAGAGAAUUUCCUACUCGGUGUCUGACCAAGAUUGUAGAUCCGAAAGCCAGAUCCCUGGCGGUCGAUGAUAAGAGUAGAAGGGUGAGUCCCUAGCCGAGGUUUCAGAAGAAGGGGAGGGAAUGGCGUUGAAUGUGGAGGAAGAAGUGGUGCGGCUCAAGGAAGAGAUACAACGACUUGGUCAGCCACAGGACGAUGGCUCCUACAAGGUAAAGUUUGGGGUCCUGUUCAAUGAUGAUAGAUGUGCUAACCUAUUCGAAGCGCUGGUCGGAACUCUUCGUGCUGCAAAGAAGAGAAAGGUCGUCAAAUACGACGGCGAGCUUCUGCUUCAGGGUGUUCAUGACAAUGUGGAGAUCAUACUUCUGCCACCGACCGACACUGCUGCAUGAGCUAGAUCACCUUAACUCGAACUAUGAUUUUUAUUUUCUCUCAUUCGAUGUUCGCACGCUGAGUAUGAAUUGUUUCCUUGUUCCAAUCACAACUUCUGCACUCAUCGUUUGAUGUGGUUACUCAGCUAUGAGAAUUUGAACUUGCAUGAUUCUUGCUUCA